AUGGCCGAUGACUUUGAUAGUUCCGAUCAUGAAGACACUUUUGCAUCGCCGCCCAAUCCUGUAGCUGGCCGGUCUAAGACACCUACCAACCAGAACUCGCGGUUUGAUACCGAUGAAUCCCGAGAAGCCGCACUGCGAAAGGAGCUAGAUGGGGUUAGGAAAAUUAACGAGGUGAUUGAGGGGGUUAUUGGCACCUUGGAGAGGGCCAAGGGGAACAUGGGGACUGUUUCCAAAACGGUAGACAAUGCGUCCACCCUGCUCAACACCUGGACACGCAUCCUCUCACAGACAGAACACAACCAACGAUUGCUCCUGAACCCCGAGUGGAAGGGCUCGACACAAGAUGUCGCCGACAUGGAGCAGGAGGCAUUGAGCAAGCAGCAAGAGGCUGAGAGGCGGGCAGCCGAAGCGGAGCAGCGCCGUGAGGAAAUUCAGAGGAGAGCGGAAGAGGAGGAGAGGAGGAGAGCCGCGGGCACACCAUCGUCAUUAUCUCGAGGAGUUGGUCGAGGAGUGACGAGGGGAAGGGUAAGAGGAGCAACAAGAGGGGUAACCAGAGGGGCAACAAGGGGGGUGACAAGGGGCGCUGCGGCUUCGUCUUCGUCGACGGCGUACGGUGCCGAUACUACGUCGAGCAGUGUUGCGAGCUCGAGGAACAUGUCGGGUAUCGGCAGGGGAGGGUUUGGGUAUACAAGAGGAUCCCAAUCAAGGGGCGUGCGAUGA